AUGGCUGUUGCUGCUGUGGUUGUGGCUGUUGUUGCUAUCGUCGAUGCCGGACGAGGCUGUGAUAUCCCGCUUGACGCCGGCAGAGGGGUGACAGCCGGCCGCCGCUGGAGUUGGAUAGGAGCACUCUCUGCCGGAGGACUCGCAAGCUCGGCAGGUGGUGUCUAUGCCAGCAUUAACACACUUGAUCUUGCUCCGGCGGCAGCGGGAACAGGCGAUGCUGGAGCGCAUCUUGGGCGGCAGCUCUUUGCUGGGGGGCCAGAUCCGGAGGAAGUAGAUAUAUAG